CACCCCAUUAGCUAAUCAUUCUCUCUCUCUUAGCCAUUAGCCUGGCACUGCCAAUGCCAUGGCCCUGGCCCUGGCUGUUCCUUUCUUCUCUCAAUUCCCUCCCAAAUCCCUAAACCUUUCCCCUUCUCCCUUAUGUCUCUGAUUUUCACUUCUCAGAUCGCUCUCUCCCAUGGCGAUUGUUACCGGAGAUCGUUACCUUGAGAAGCUCUUCAAUUUCGUCGAACACCACGCCGGCCCUUUGAUCGAUGGUUCUCUAGUUCUUAAGCUUAAUCCUGCUGGUCUUCACUACAUCCAAUCCAGGCUUGAGGCACUUCAUGAACUCGAGAAUCUUCUUUCUGGUGCGCCUGUCGACUAUCUUCGCGCUUACGUUUCUGACCUUGGCGAUCACCGCGCACUUGAACAGCUUCGUCGUAUUCUUAGGUUGCUUACUUCGCUUAAGGUUGUUUCUGUUUUGCCUUCGCCUCUUCGUGACCCUACCCCGCUUUCUUUGCUUCCUUUUGGGAGAUUGAAGGUGUUGGAGCUUAGAGGGUGUGAUUUGUCAACGUCCGCGGCUAGAGGUUUGCUUGAGUUGAGAUAUACUUUGGAGAAGAUCAUUUGUCACAAUUCAACUGAUGCUUUACGCCAUGUGUUUGCAAGUAGGAUUGCUGAGAUAAAGGACUCUCCACAAUGGAAUCGGUUGUCCUUUGUUUCAUGCGCAUUCAAUCGACUGGUUCUGAUGGAUGAGUCUUUGCAACUUCUUCCUGCUGUUGAAACUCUUGAUUUGAGUAGAAAUAAGUUUGCAAAGGUGGAUAAUCUACGGAAGUGCACCAAAUUGAAGCACCUGGACCUUGGGUUCAAUCAUUUGACAUUUGCACCCUUUAGUGAGGUCUCCUGUCAUAUUGUUAAACUGGUUUUGAGGAACAAUGCUCUAACUACACUAUGUGGGCUCAAAAAUUUGAAGUCACUUGAAGGCCUUGAUGUUUCCUACAAUGUUAUUUCCAAUUUUUCAGAGCUGGAGUACCUUGCAAGCCUUCCAUCUCUUCAGAAUUUAUGGUUGGAAGGAAACCCAUUGUGUUGUGCCAGAUGGUAUCGAGCACAAGUAUUCAGCUAUUUUGCUUAUUCAGAUACAUUGAAGUUGGAUGACAAAGAAAUCAGCACAAGAGAGUUUUGGAAGAGGCAAAUUAUAAUUGCCAGCAGGCAGAAGCGACCUUCCAGCUAUGGAUUUUAUUCUCCUGCAAAAGAGGAUGCUGAAGAAGAGGGUGGCAUCAUCAGAAAAAGGAGAAAAGUAUCUCGACUUGCUGCUAUUGAAAGUGAAGGAGACAGCAUAUACUUUUCGUCUGACCAGGAGUCACCAUCGUGUGAUAAUGAUAUUCAAAGCAAAGAGGAGAAUGUCUUGUCUGAUGAUGAAGCUGAAAUAGUUGAUUUGAUUAACAGAGUUGAACUCAUGAAGAGAGAGGAUUCUAUUCUUUGGUUGCGGGAAUUUAAAGAGUGGAUGGAUCAUGAAUCUGAGAAUUAUGUGGAUGGGGGUAAACAUAGCAGGGCCACAUUGCAUCAUAUGAAGGAAAAUCAUUUUAAAAGCAAGGCAAACCAGAAGCAUCAUGGUCAAAGUUCAAGAUAUGCCUUGAAUUCUUUUCAUGCCUCAGGAGAUGAAACUAGUAUAGAUGGCUUGGAUUCUGAUGCUUCUUCCAUUGUGGGCAUGUCUUUACCAGGCAUGGUUGGACCAAGUCAGAAGUAUAAAAAUUCUCAUCCACAUGAAGGGUUAACCAUGCAAGGAUACCAUAGAGCAAUUGAAAAUGGUAGAUUAUCACCAUUGACUGCCAUAGAUGAUACAACAGAGUCUCAUUCCUCCUCUGCAUAUCCUGGGUCCCCGCCCCAUUAUCAGGUGGACCUUCUGCAUCGUCGUCACAAUUUGGUGGAAGAAAUUUUGCAGCUAUCUGCAGAGUCCUACUCAGUGGCUUCUUCUGAUAGUGAUACCAGCUCUAGUGAAGAUGAUGUAUGUGAAUAUGGACAUGCAGUUCAAGAAGACCAUUCACAGGAUGAAGAAUACUUGAAUUUGAGUGUUUUAGUGAACUCAUCUUCAAAUCUUUUUGAUAAAAAUUAUGAUCAGAAAUAUGGAAUACAUCAUUUAAGGGUUAAUGGAAGGUUUUUGUUUGAUCCACAUGAUGUACAAACAUCAACUAAAACUAAAAGUUCAAAUUCAAAAAGAAUUGAUUCCCCUGCUGUUUCUAGUGGUGGUGAAAUAUCUCAAUUCGCUGAUGAAGAGGCAGAUUGGCUCGAGAAGCCAAAAAGUAAAAAGAGACCGAGGAGAAGAGUUAUUUCACUAUUAGAGAAUGGGGUUGACAAGUCAUGGACGUCAGAAAGACCAAGUGUUGAGAUGGAUACUUGCGAAGCUGAUGAAGAAGAUGAGCAAAUGAAGCAAAUUGUUGAUACUGGCAAUUUUCAUGACAUUACUGAUAAGAAAAAGUUGCAAAAAGCUGCAAUUAAAACUCCAGCAGUUGCAAAUAUUGGUAGAUUCUCCGAUGAUUUUAUUGAGAAGUAUUUUACUGCAAAUGUUGCAGAUUCCAGAAUUAAUGAGACCUGUAGGCAUUAUCUGCAUUGUGAUUGUGUAAUUGAGCCAGAAUCCUUGUACAAAGAAAGAGAAGUAGCUGUAUUGCUGAGCAGUGCAAACAAGCUGUAUGUACUACUUGUUGGUGUAGCAUUUGAUGGGUCAGGAAAUAUUUUGAGUUUACUGGGUUGGCACAGGGUUGAAGAUGUUAAAGAAGUUUUGGUCGGUGUAGGACUUCAGGCCAUGAGGGUGUACAUCGAGAGGGGAGGAACCUACCUGUUCCUAACAAGGAGCAUUGAGAAAUCAAGGCUAUUACUUUACAUGUUGCAAGUGUUUGUUCCAUGUGCAACGAAUGAUAAAUGCUUACUGAGAAGUUUGGAGCAGGUUCAGGUUGAGUUGUUUGAGAAACAAAUAUGUGGAGGUGCAAAAAUUAGCAUAUUCCAAUAUGCUAUGGUGCUUUUUAGCCACAAAGAUGAAGAGGAAUCAUGGCUUCCAAGGUCACUUUUUGUAAGUGGAGCAUAUGUUUUUCUAUGCAUUGAAGAACUUAAGCAGUUUGCCUUUCCUUCAGUAGAUGCAUCCUCCUCUCCAUAUUUCUCCCUUGAUUGGUGUUGCUCCAUCGGGGAUGUAUCCGAGCUGGUCAUUGAAAGCGGGGAGGGUCCAUGUGUAACCUUAAUUCUUGAGCAUGCUACAACAAAAUUCCGUUCCUCAUCAAAGGUCCAUGAGGAGAAUACAGCCAGCUCUAUGACAUGGAAGCUCAAGUGGUUCUCUGAAGACGGUCUAUUCAAUUUUGUGGCAUUGUUGAAGGCAAUUCAUUCAGGGAUGAAGACUUCUCCUCUGCUCAUAACACGUAUGUUGUGAGACUCGUCGUAUAUAAGAUUAUUUGUUUCAUAUUCAUUUCAUUGUUUUUGCGUAGGCUCUCAUUCCCCACUGGCUUCCUCUUUUUUCUCUGAUUUAAUUGAUUUCUAAUUCAUGCAUUUCUAGUGUGGGCAAUUCAAUAGCUUUCUUUGCUUGUGAUUCUUUUAUUUGUAUUCUUUUAGUUUUUUAUUGUGUACAAAUUGUAUAGUCCAGAAGAUAUAAAGUCAAGGUUGGUUGGUCUUUUACUGUGUCCGCUCACCUGAUUUCAUUAUCUUAGGAGUGAAACUAUAAUUGCAAUCACCAAGUUUUGAUGUUAGCUGUAAAGAGAUUGAAAUUGAAAUUAAUAUCUAGUCUUCUGUGAUGAAAUUUUGUGCUUGUUUUAUUGUGGAUGGUUUAUGCUCUCAUGGAUUCAAAAUGGGCUUAAACAGAAUUGGGCCUUGCGGUUUCAUUUUAUUUGUAGGCCCAAUGUAGAGGGUUUUAUUGGGCAAUUCCGAAUUUGAAUUGAAGCUAGGGUUUUUCUUUAGGCAAAAGCCCAUCUCCAAUUCUUCUGUAUAUAAGCUAUAAAGCCGUCUCCUCUCAUUCUUGGAUGAGAACGAGAAGCCGCUCUGCCACUGUGAAAGAUUCUGCAGGUAUCAGUCACUCCAUUGCAUUUGCAUUUUGUAGAACUUCUAGGAAUUUGUAUAGAAGAGAAUAAAGAAGGCAAAUUGUCACUGCUUCGCAAAUCUGAUAGCGAAAUCGGUCCUUUUAGUUGCCGAUAUGAAAAUCCUAACUAUCGAGCAUAAAAUGCUUGUAACUGGCCUCGCUCUCAAUGGCUUUUUGCAUUCAGAUGCUCGUACAUUUUUUUUGGUUUUUUUUUUUU